AUGUACUGCAAAGGCCACUACAGUUUGUAUUGGGGCCAGCAUAAGAUUCACACAUUUGAUGCUAAGCAUCACAAUCAUGCCCCAGAAGCAAGCAAACCUGAAGCUUUGAAAGCUUGCAUCCAAAUGAAGGAGCUGGUUCAAAUUAGCAACGAUCAACCUGCACAAAUCAUUAGUAAUGUUAUCGCUACAACAUCGCGUGAAAUACACCCGUGUUUACCACGAAAAGAUUUUUUAAGACAACAAAUCAAAAGAGCAAAACGUGUUUUCGGCGAAGAAGUUGAACCAACAACUUUGGACGAUUUUACAUUACCAGAUGCAUACUGUAUUACACUCAGUGGAAUGUGUUUUGCAAAAGACAUCAGCGAUGGAACUGAAAGAAUUUUGCUUUUCACAACAAGUGAAAAUCUUAAAUGGCUCUAAGAAGCGAAAUUUUGGAUUAUGGAUGGAACAUUUAAAACUGUGCCAACUGUGUUCCGGCAAUUAUACAGCAUCCACGCUCCUGCUGGUGGAAAUGUUAAUUUCCGAAUAAUUUCCUUGGUUUACGCACUGAUGAGUAAGAAAAGUGAAGAAUUAUACCAGAGAUUAUUUCAGGAAGUCAAUGAAUUGGCAGACGAAAAUGAAUUGGAAUUAAAACCAGACUUCGUGUUAACUGAUUUUGAAAAAGGUUCAAUCAACGCAGUAAAAUCAGAGUUUCCAAGUGUUCAAAGCAUCAGGUUUGCUUG